AUCAGUUUAACUUUUCUAUAUCGUUGAAUAAAUGAUUAAAUUAAAACCAUAAGACUAAGGCAUAAACCGGUCUCCAACUCUCCCCUCCAUUCCCAUCACAUUCCCGCUACUCUACGUUCUUUUCGUUUUUUUUCCUGCGGUUUCUGGCCCUUUCCAUCUUACUACAACUUUUCCUUUCUCACAAUCCUACUACCGUUUUUUUUUCAUCCUCUUUGGGUUUUACGUGUCUUCUUCGCAUUUUUCGAUAUCUCUUAUGGCUACUCUCACUGUUCGUGUUAUUCGUAAUUUUGAAUAUCGCGUCUCCAAAAAUUUAAUCUUUCAUAAUGUCGACUUGGCUACUACAACUGUUGGUCAACUCAAAGAAAUGUGUCAGGAACGCAUCCAAAAAGAACCGGGCAUGAAGCUUUACCGGAAUCUCCCUCUUGAUACGCUGAAGAUUUAUGUCAAGGCACAACACAACAAAACAAUGAAUCUUAUUAUUAAUCUCGACCACGAUGAGUGGAUUUUGUCCGAUGAUAAAGACACUCUUGCUUUCUGCGACAUCGAACAUGAAACCGAGCUUUCCUACUUUAACCUUGAGGCAUACAAAAAGUUCCAAGCAAAUCCUGAACAAAAGUGGAUGUAGGAAGGCACUGUUUGUGUGUAUGCAAAGUGUGCGUUGAAUCGAUUGUAUUUUUCGCAGAAAAGCAGAAAACAAUAAAUAAGCUGUCUUGUUCACUCGCUUGUCUUGUUUACAUGGUCGCAAUGCCAGGUGCAAUAUUAGGCACAUCAUACUUUUGAAUGGCUUCUGCGAGCUCACGAGCCAUCCUGUCGUAAUGAUUUGUUUGUGCAAUUUCCAAUGCAUGGUUGUUAUCCACUCGUGGGUCCUGUCCCGCUUGCAGUAAAAUGUUGACGACAUGGCGAAGAUUUAAAUGUGUCGCUUUAAACAGGAGUUUCUUGCUCUCUUCACUAUUGAUGGCUAUGUUGCUGAUUCCGCUGCGAAGAAAGUCAAGGUGUUUGUGGUAUUGGCGUAAAGCAUACUCCUGAAUAUCUGUGUCCUUCAUUCCGGUAUCGGCGAUGUCUUGUGUUGAGUCAAUAGUCCAAGACAAUUCGCUGUAGUUCAACAGCUGCUUGAUGGCAUGAGUGCUGAGGAUCUCCGCAUACUCUCCUGUCAUCAAAUAGUAACGCAAACACUCAUGAACUAGGCAAGAGGGGAUUGGAGUCUCGGAGUCAAUCCUCCUAACCGACACAAAAUCAUUUACACGCAAAUACUGUCCUAUAAUAUCCCACACCUUCUGUGGAAGUGAAGAAAAUAAGACUUUUUGCAUUUCGUUUGUCAUGAAGCUUGUUUGAGGAGGGUUGAAUUGUUUCUACAGCGUAAACUGUUCAAAUAUAAACAUAAACGGCUCAAUGAAAACAAUUGAUUAUACAGAAAUGGAACAUUCAUUUUGCAUUCUUUGGCACUUCAAAAACAACAGAGCGUAUUUGCUGUAUUUAAUCAUGGAGCAAGUCGCCCAUAAAAUUAUAAUUAUUAAAGUUGGGCGGGGUUGAGAAUGGAAAUAUGUGGGGAGUAGAAGAAAAACAAUAAUGUGAGGACGGAGAAUGCGUUGGGAAUGUCUUAGGGUUUG